CUAUUUUAAUAUACUAUAACUGUGUCCCAAAGAUGAUGAAUGGUUGGCUGAGUUAUUGUGUAUCCGGAGAAGUGAUUUUUUUAUUUAUUUUUUUGUUUUGAAUCUACAAACAAGGUUUUGUUUUUUUUUUUUUACAAAAUCUCCAAUAUGUAUAGAACACGUGUCCUACUUAUAUUGGUGGACUGGGAACGGGACAACCUUCUACUCCUUCUAUAAAUACCAACCGCUCAUGCUAUCAAAGUCAUCAAUACAACAAUUACAAAUACAUGCACUUUAGAAAACAACAAUUGUUUGUCUAAGAAAAAAAAAAGUGUAUAUUUUCGAAAUGGCUCUAGUUUAUCAUCAUCAUGUGUUAUCAUUCUUCAUUCUAAUAGCCUCCCUUUCUCUACUCCCCAACCCUAGCUCUUGCUUCAACCCCAAGCUUCUCAAUGUCUCCAUGAAAGUUGAUCAGUCCAGCUCCAGCUGGGCCGCCGCUGGUGCAACUUGGUACGGUAGCCCCAACGGUGCCGGGAGUGACGGGGGUGCCUGCGGCUAUGGAGGAGCUGUAGAACAAUCGUUCUCUUCAUUGAUCUCAGCCGGAGGCCCUUCUUUGUACAAAUCUGGUAAAGGUUGUGGUGUGUGUUAUCAGGUGAAAUGCACAUCAAGUGUGGAUAAAGCUUGUUCGGGAAAUCCAGUGACAGUUGUCAUAACAGAUGAGUGCCCUGGCUGUACCAAUGAACCUGUUCAUUUUGAUUUGAGUGGUACUGCUUUUGGUGAUAUGGCUACUUCUGGUCAGGCUGAUCAGCUACGCAAUGCUGGAGUACUUCAAAUUCAAUACAAAAGUGUUGAGUGCAACUUUCCAGGAAAGACCAUAACAUUCACAGUGGAUUCAGGGUCGAACGCACAAUAUUUUGCAUCUUUAAUCGAAUUCGAAGAUGGACCAGGUGAACUUGGGGCCGUUGAUCUGAAACAGACACUUGGCCAAGACUCAUGGGUUCCCAUGCAACAAUCUUGGGGCGCUGUUUGGAAACUCAACUCUGGCUCGGCCUUAAAGGCUCCAUUCUCCAUUCGUCUCACCUCAGGAAGCCAGACCAUUGUGGCCAACAAUGUCAUCCCGGCUGGUUGGAAGCCUGGCCAGACUUAUAGAUCCCUUGUUAAUUUCGCAACUUAAACUAUUAACCAAAAGUUUAUUAUUUACAAUGAAAUUAUUGCUGAAGUUAGCUUAAUUAAGUACCCUAAGUCAACUUAUAACGAGACUUGGAGGUUUGUCUUCAUGCAAAAUAUUAAUAUUAAUAUAUAUGAAUAUUAAUA